CAUCAUGCAGCGGGCCGUUGUCCAAGAUGGCGCUGCUGUGGGCGUCGUUACGGUGCGGUGUGUCCCUCCACAGGCGCCGGCUCGCUUUCCUCCUGCAGCCCGCCAGCUCGGCACACGUACUCUGGAGCUCCAGGCAUCGGACUCGGCGACGGCGCGAGACUGCACAAUGGUGGCAUUUUGUAGAUAAACGGACGGACUGGCAUGGGCAUGCUGGUGGAGGCCUUCAUUCUGACCCCAAAACUUUCAAAGAUAUUGAUGCAAGGAAAAUCCUCAAAGCAAUGCUGACAUAUGUUUGGCCAAAAGAUAGACCUGAUCUCCGUGGAAGGGUGGCGCUGUCUCUCGGUCUUUUAGGUGGAGCAAAGCUCACAAAUGUAAUGGUUCCUUUCAUGUUUAAAUAUGCAGUAGAUGAACUCAACCAAAUGUCAGGUAGUGUUUUGAACCUCAAUGAUGCAACCAGUACAGUCAUCACCAUGGCAACAACUGUUCUUAUUGGCUAUGGUGUUUCCAGGGUUUGCGCAGCUGCCUUCAAUGAGCUGAGGAAUGCUGUCUUUGGCAAAGUAGCUCAAAGUUCCAUCAGGCGAAUAGCUAAAAAUGUUUUCCUCCACCUGCACAACUUAGAUUUGGGCUUUCACCUCAGCAGACAGACAGGUGCACUCUCAAAAGCCAUAGACAGAGGAACAAGAGGAAUCAGUUUUGUGCUCAGCGCCUUAGUGUUUAACCUCGGUCCCACUACAUUUGAAGUACUGCUUGUUAGCAGCAUUUUGUACUUUAAAUGCGGUGGGUCAUUUGCUUUAAUAACCCUGGGGACUUUGGGUGCAUAUUCGGCUUUCACCGUUGGUAUUACACAGUGGAGAACUCGGUUCCGAAUCACAAUGAAUAAGGCUGACAAUGAUGCUGGCAAUGCCGCAAUAGACUCUCUCCUGAAUUAUGAAACUGUGAAGUAUUUCAAUAAUGAGAAGUAUGAGGCUGAGAGGUAUGAUGGAUUCUUGAAAUCUUAUGAAGAUGCGUCUCUGAAGACUACCUCAAGUCUUGCAGUACUGAACUUUGGUCAAAAUCUUAUCUUCAGCCUUGGUUUGACUGGUAUCAUGUUACUUGCAAGUCAAAGAAUCUUGGCAGGUACACUGACAGUGGGAGAUCUGGUGAUGGUAAAUGGACUACUUUUCCAGUUGUCUCUUCCCUUAAACUUUCUGGGGACUGUGUAUAGAGAGACACGGCAGGCACUAAUAGACAUGAACACAUUGUUUACUUUGCUAAGCAUUGACACAAAGAUUAAGGAGGCACAAACAGCUCCAGUACUUCAAGUUUCUCCUGAAAAUUCUAUCAUCACUUUUGAUGAUGUUUACUUUGAAUAUCUGGAUGGCCAAAAGGUCCUUAAUGGAGUAUCAUUUGAAGUUCCUGCUGGGAAAAAGGUGGCAAUUGUAGGUGGUAGUGGUUCAGGAAAAAGUACAAUAGUGAGGUUGCUGUUCCGCUUCUAUGAACCUCAGAAAGGGAACAUAUAUGUGGCUGGCCAGAAUAUUAAAGAUGUCAGUUUGGAAAGCUUACGGAAGGCCAUUGGCAUUGUACCACAGGAUGCUGUUCUGUUCCACAAUACAAUUUUCUAUAACCUUCAAUAUGGGAACAUCAAUGCAAAGGCAGAAGAAGUAUACCACGUUGCUAAGAUUGCUGGCCUUCACGACUCCAUUCUCAAAAUGCCACAUGGUUACAACACUCAAGUUGGUGAACGUGGACUAAAGCUUUCUGGUGGAGAAAAACAAAGAGUUGCAAUUGCUAGGACAAUACUGAAAAACCCUCACAUUAUAUUGUAUGAUGAAGCUACGUCGUCGUUAGAUGCCAUAACUGAAGAGAAUAUUCUCAAUGCAGUGAGGGACCUGAUUCAACAUCGUACAUCCGUGUUUAUUGCUCAUAGGCUUACUACAAUUGUUGAUGCAGAUGAAAUUCUGGUUCUGGAUAAGGGUAAAAUUGCAGAGCGAGGAACCCAUUUGUCUCUCUUGAACAAUGCCAACAGUCUUUACUCUGAGCUGUGGCACACACAAAAUAACAGAGUGUUCAACAAAAAUUCCAGUAGUAAAGAAGUAAAGAGAGAUGUGCCUUCCAAGGAAGAGGAAAGAAGAAAAUUAUCAGAAGAGAUUCUGAACAGUGUCAAAGGUUGUGGAAACUGCUCUUGUUAAAAAUAUUUUAAUCUAGUAUUAGGCAUUUUGCACUGGCAGAGUUGUUGGAUACCAAUGUAUAAAUAGACCAUUUUGAACAGUAAAAUGGGAGAAACCCCUUUUUAGUAAAGAUUUUUUUAUUUUCGUAAACAAAAUGGUCAAAAUAUUUUUGGUUGGUAACCCUGAUGCUGAGGGUCCUUUCAUGGAACAGCAAAUUGAAAAUUGGUAUCAAAAAUCUAUCAAAUAAAUAUUCCAUUGCAACAUCCAUGCAUUUCUUAUGUAUAAUUUUUAAGGAAUUGUACAUAAUGGGGGAUUUUAGUGCAUUACAGGUGUCUUUACUGAAUUUCUGUAAUGUAGUGGUGAACCAAUACUGUAUCAGUAUUGGCAUGGGCCACAUUUUAGGAAUAGUCAUGGGAAGCUAAACUAGUGUUUGUUUUUGCUCACAACUAUGUUGGUAGUAACAUUAUAAUCCUUGAGGAAUAAAUUGUGUAAAUAUUUAGAGUUGGAUUCUGGUUUCAACAUAUUACCUAUUGUAAACGUUUCCAAUUGGGCAGUCUACUAGAAUACAUAAUGAAAUAAGCUUGGGAAUAAGACACAGCUGAAUUCUUUUUUUUUGUCUUCUGAAACAGCAUUUACUAAUAAUGCACAUUUUGAACUUUGUUUACAGUCCUUUUAUAAUACAUCCAGAAUUAUUUAAAUAGCCCAUUGAUAAUUUAAUAGUCAUUAAUUUGAGAUAAGAUGCCAAUAUUUUCAGGGAAAGUUUACCAUUAUAAAGGCUGUGAAGGAAUUUGCCUCGGGUUAUCUCUUGAGCUGCUUAGCCUCUGUGUAUAUGCUGUUGAUUUAAAUAUCCCACAAUUCUGUAUAAAUUCCUUUUCAGUCAUCCACGUCUGCGUUUUGUUCUUCAUACUAAAUACCUAUCUCAAUUAGUUGAGAAUGAAGGUGGUACUGUGUGACAAGUUACAUAGUCAUAGGAUGCGAAUGCUGUCCUGCCACCAUUUGUACCUUCGAUAGUUUUUUUUGUUUGGUUUGUCUUUGUUAC